CUGACUCCGCUAAAGGGAAUCAAUGUGACCUGCCACUUUGAAGAAUCCUUCUCUUUGCCCUCUCCAAAUGUCUCAUACGAUUCUUCGCUGGUGGGCGGAUUGAAGUUCAGUAAGAUUCCCGUGCCUUUAACGCAGUGCUCUAUGAACUGCGAUGUACAUGCUUUGGGGGAUGGAUCUAGAGGGGUUGGGGUGUAUAGAGCGAUCAGGUGCGUAUUCAACCGACUCUGUCUGUGGCCCUUACGAUGUAGCAGGUGGACGCCAAAGAAAGGCCAGGAAGGGAAGGACUAUAGCCUCUGCUUCCGAGCAGUGGACACAAAGAACAUUUCUGCCGUCGCAUCUUUCAAAUGCUUCAACAUUCGGGUUGUCAAAUGUAAGUACUGCGCUCUCCCGGGCGACAGUUACACAUCACUGGCCAAGUUAUUCUUCACAGACUGGUUCCAGAUCUGGUCGUCCAAUCCGAACCUCGGAGGGAAUCCUGAUGCCAUUGCACCAGGCAGACGCGCUGGGAUCUUGUGCACAGACUGAUUCUCGUAGCAGGGAGCGUGGUGAACCUGGGAGGUCUGUACGCGCCUCCAAAGUCAAUCCCAAUUAGCCAGGUAUGACAAUAGAUGGGGACGAAAGAAAAU